AUGGCCUCGAGCGAAGCCGGUUACCCCAUGUCCGACAGGGCGACAACCCCCACCGCCAGACGCUAUGCCCCGCCCAGUUCUUCGACCGGCGGCCGCCUGCGAGGUCCUCCCUCCGAGAUGACGGGCGCGCCGAGUGAUGAUGAGGGCGACGGGUUCGCCGAUGACCAGGUCGUGCGCGGAUCGAAGAGGCCACAGGAUUCGGCCAACAUCCCCAAGGUCGAGGAUCGCAUUGGUCUCUUGAUCCAAGAACAGUUUGGAGAUUUCCUCGAAGGCUUCGUCGAAGAGCGCGAUCCCCAUGGAGCGCCGCCCUCGAGUGCCGUCACCACCGACAAAUACUACGUUGCCCAGAUCCACGGCAUGCGAACAUACCAGCUCUCCACCCUCUACGUCGACUUUAGGCAUCUCGGCCAGUGGCAAAACGGCUCCCUCUCCGACGCCGUCGCCACCAACUACUACCGUUUCCUUCCCUUCAUCACCGCAGCACUCCACGGUGCUAUCGCCAAGCACGAACCCCAGUACUUCCGCGAACAUCGUCAGCCCACGGCCUCGAGCAACCAGACGAGCUCAGCUGCGAGCAAUGCCGCCUCGGCAAGUCAGUCCGAGCUAGGCAGCAAGACGAGCAACCAGCAGACCGAUAAGCUGUUCGCCAUCGCCUUCUACAACCUGCCUCUCGUCUCGCGCGUGCGCAGUCUGCGCGCCGCCAACAUUGGCCAGCUCCUCUCCAUCUCCGGCACCGUCACGCGCACCUCCGAGGUCAGGCCCGAGUUGUCUCUCGGCACCUUCCUCUGCCAGGCCUGCAGGACGGUCAUUCCCAACGUCGAGCAGACAUUCCGAUACACCGAGCCCACGCUGUGUCCCAACCAGACCUGUCAGAACCGCUUCGCAUGGCAGCUCGACAUCCGCCAGAGCACCUUUAUCGAUUGGCAAAAAGUGCGCAUCCAGGAGAACUCGUCCGAAAUUCCUACCGGCAGCAUGCCCCGAACCAUGGACGUCAUCAUGCGAGGAGAAAUUGUCGACCGCGCCAAGGCAGGCGAGAAGUGCAUCUUCACCGGUGCCCUGAUCGUCGUCCCUGACGUCAGCCAGCUGAGCAUGCCUGGACAGAAGGCCUACUCGAUCCGCGACGACAAGAGCGCCGGCAACGGUAACGACGCUGGCGGCGCAGGCGUCUCUGGUCUCAAGUCUCUUGGUGUGCGCGAUCUCACAUACCGCCUUGCCUUCCUCGCCUGCAUGGUUCUGCCAGACAACAGUUCGUCCGGCCGGUCUGCCCACGCGCAGGUGUCGGACAUAAUGACGGCGCUGACCGACAACACACCCGAAUCCGCCAUUGAUGCGGAGGAGGCGCAGGCUACCGUGCUCGCGACAAUGACGCAAGAAGAAAUCGCGCAGGUGCGUACCAUGGUUCACACAGAUCGCAUCUACUCGCGGCUCGUCAACUCCAUCGCGCCCAUGGUCUACGGCCACGAAGUCGUCAAGAAGGCGACCCUCAACGCGCGCACCUCGAUCCUCGCCGCCGCCAACCCCGUCAGCGGCCGCUACAACCGCAAGACGUCGCUGCGGGCCAACAUCAACAUGAGCGCGCCCAUCAUGUCCCGUUUCGAUCUCUUCUUCGUCGUGCUCGACGAGUGCUCCGAGGCCGUCGAUCGCCACCUCGCCGAGCACAUUGUCGCCAUCCACCAGCUGCGCGACGAGGCCGUCGAGCCCGAGUACGACACGGAGACGCUGCAGCGCUACAUCCGGCUCGCGCGCACGUUCCGCCCCGAGUUCACCGAAGAGGCGCGCGAGACGCUCGUCGAAAAGUACAAGGAGCUCCGUGCCGACGACGCCCAGGGCGGCGUCGGCAAGAACAGCUACCGCAUCACGGUCCGCCAGCUCGAGAGCAUGAUCCGCCUGUCCGAGGCCAUUGCCAAGGCGAAUUGCGUCAACGAGAUUGAGCCGCACAUGGUCGUCGAGGCCAUGGUCAACCUCUUUGUGCAGCGCGUCAACGACGACGAGGCCGGCGGGGCGGGCGAGGGCGUCGACGGCGAUGCCCUCACGCAGUGGUACCUCGAGCAGGCGGAGGACCAGAUGGAGGGCGAGGAGGACUACCACCGGGAGAAGGCGCUGGCGGCGCUCGUGCUGAAGAAGAUGGUCAAGGAGAACAUCCUCAUGGCCGUCCGGGGGUCCGGGCUGGCUGAAGACGGCGAGGAUGCCGCCACCUCGGGUGACGGGGCGGUCGUCUAUGUCCUGCAUCCCAACUGCGCGGUGGAGGAGUACUAA